UCAUCGAAUUCAAACUAAUUUAACAGAGAAUAAAGCAGAUUUAUGCGAUAAAUCUAGUAUACUUAUAGAAACAGAACCAACUAAUCUUGAAACUUCUUCUUUAAGUAGUAUAAAUGAUUCAAGUUUUUCAAGAAUAAAUGCGCCUCCAAAGAAUGUUGAAGUAAAUGAACUAGCAAAAGAUAUUGAAAAUGAACCUGCGAAGGAUAUUGAAAAUAAACAUGCGAAGAAUAUUAAAAAUAAACCUGCAAAAGAUAUUGAAAAUGAAUCUUCAGAUAAAGAAUCAGAUAGUGAAUCUGUAGAUAUUGAGGAUAAUUUUGAUAGUUAUUUACAAGAAUGGUUGAACAUGUUAAAAGAUGAAAAGCAGCGCUUUGAAAAUAAGGAUAUUGAUGAUGAGUAUAUGAAUGAAGAAGAACAUUUCAUCAAUGAUAAUACACAUCCUGCAGUUGAUACUAAUGUGAAGUAG